AUGGAAUUAGCAGAAAAAUCAAUAACACUAAGUCCUCCAAAAAAUUCCAAUGAAUCGAAAAAUUCCUCCAAAACGGAUCAAGGAAUAAAAAAUAUAAUUUUUGGAUCAAUUGCUGGUAUGACGGGCAAAUUAGUAGAGUAUCCAUUCGAUACGGUUAAAACUCGAUUACAAUCGCAGCCAUCGGAAUAUAAACUAUUUAAUGGACCAUUAGAUUGCUUUCGUCAAACAUUAAAACAUGAGGGACUUUUUGGACUUUAUCGGGGUAUGUCUCCACCAAUGAUAGGAGCGAUGUUAGAAAAUGCUAGUUUAUUUUUAGUAUAUAAUCAUAUACAAACAAUGGUAAGAGAAUUUAAAACGCCAAAUUAUAAUAAUGAAUCGCAACAUCAAGCACCACUUUCAAUGUCAGUAGUAUGUUUGGCAGGGGGGUUGUCAGGUACCACCGCUAGCUUUUUUUUAACUCCAAUAGAAUUAAUUAAAUGUAAAUUACAAGUACAAGAAGCAUUCACUUAUAAAAUGGAAAGGAAUAGUAUGAUUACCAAUCCGCGUUAUAAUGGACCGUUUGACGUUAUAAAACAUACAUUAAAAACUCAUGGUAUUAGCGGAUUUUAUCGUGGACAUUCAGGUACAAUUGUAAGGGAAACAGUAGGAACUGCAGCAUGGUUUAGUACAUAUGAAUUCCUUACACGUUUAUUUAUAUUAAACCGAAUUGACAAAUCCUCGUUCAAUGAGAGACAGAAUAUAACUAAAGACGAUUUGUCAGCGAUAGAAUUGAUGAGUUCAGGGGCCUGCGCAGGAAUGGCGUAUAAUUUGUUAAUGUUUCCGGUAGAUUCGAUAAAAAGUCAAAUGCAAACAGAUGAAGAAAUAAUGAAAAUAACGGGCAAAGAUGUAGUAAAAAGAGGAUUUUGGAGAGUGGGCAGGGAGUUAUAUAAGAGUGAUGGCAUUAGUGGAUUUUAUAGGGGUUGUGGUAUUACUGUUGCUAGAGCCGCUCCUAGUAGUGCCAUCAUAUUUAUGACUUAUGUAAGUACAUAUUUCAAAGAUUGA